UGGUCAUGGUUUCGUAUUUCCGCUUUAUCACUUUCCUGUUCAUCUGGGCGUUGAGUGUUUCCAGUAGCGCUGUAUUUUUCUACCUAAGCUUGUGCAACGGCCAGCAGCAUCCUGGGCCAACACUGAGCCAGGUUUGAUCUAAUACGGAUCUUUGAGCUGGACGUCCUCUGGACCAUCCUGAAACACGCCUCACCUCGUCCAUCCACCUCCUUCCUCUUUGGUCUGAUUCAGCAUGCUGCCUCUGAGGAUGCUGGGCAUUGGCCUGCUCAUGCUUUCACUGUGUGAUGCAGACACUGCAUGCCCUGAAAAGCUCAGCCUGGAUCCUCCUGAGAUCAUAGAAGAAUACGGAACUGAAGUCUUUGUAAACUGUACCAGCACUGUUGAGCAUGAUGGGAUGUACUGGAUAGUUAGAAAUAAAAGCUUUCACAUCGAGUUGGAAGAAAACUUUAUUAGCCAAUCAGUGUUGCUGUCAGACUGGGAUGUGACAGCAGAGUGCAAAAUAAUGUUGAAUGAAUCUCAUGAGUGCAGCAAAGAGCUUGAAAUGACUAUUUACAAGAAUCCAGAAGUCAUUCAUUCGAUAAAGCGUGUACGUCCAACACCAAAAGAGACACAAUACGACCUGGAUUGUGAUACCAUCAACGUUGCUCCUGUUCAGAACCUCACUGUGAAGUGGUACAAAAACGAUGAACUCUUAGACACAAACUUUUUUAAGGACAAGACCAAAACACCAGUGAAUGUGUCUUCUCCCCUCUUAAUCACCGUCAACAGAGGGGAAGAAGUUCAGAUGAGGUGUGAGGCUCAGCUGAACUUUGUGACACAUGGUCUCCAGCUUCCUGUUAUUUCUCAAACAUUCAAUCUUUCGGCACAAUAUCCUCCUGAGCUCAAUCCAGAAGAAGAAACUGAGUCCAUCUUUGUACUUCAGGAUGAUGAUAUUACCCUGAACUGUCCAGCUGAGGGGAACCCACCGCCUGUCUUUCGUUGGACCUAUGAUGGGAUGACUAUGGCAGAGAGCUCAAACACUCUCAAGGUUACUCAUAUAAAUGCCAGUGCAACCUACACCUGCACAGCUAGUAAUUAUCUGGGAAACACAACGAAGCAAAUCCAUAUUCAUGUGAAACAAGGAGAAGCAGCUCCUGCAACCCUGCCCCCCGCUGAGCCAGCAACACCGGAAGCAGAGGACUGCCCCCUCAUGGUGACGCCUUCUGAAAUAGUGGUGAGAUUUGGAGAUCCAGCUUCAGUUAACUGCAGCACAUCAGCCACAAAUGCUGUGGGAAUGGGCUGGGAGUCUCCAGUUGGAGGCACAGGUUUUGAACAUCCUCCUGUUGUGACUUGGAUGGUUGAAAAACUGGAAGACUGGACUGCAGCACCUCUCUGCUAUAUUACUCUGGAUACUACUACUGGUGCUGAACAGUGUGAUAAGAGUCCAACCGUCACUCUUUAUAAGACUCCAGACACAGUGUCAGUCUCUGCAGUGCAUCCUGGUCCGAUGGUGGAGGGCACAAACUUCUAUUUGAAAUGUGACAUCAGCAAUGUAGCUCCGGUGCAGAAACUCAAAGUAAAGUGGUACCGCGACAAUGAAACUGUGUCUGGGGAGAUGUUUCUCGACACCAACAAAACCCCACAGAAUGUGUUCUCUACCCACAUUAUUACCCCUGAGAGAGAUUACGAUGGAUCACUAUAUAGAUGUGAGGCUGAGCUGCAUCUUGGACCCAACGGACCAGACUUCAUCCCUACUGAAACAUCAGAACCUUACACUGCUAUUGUGCACUAUAAGCCGUUCAUCAAAGCUUGUCCAAGCAGCUACACUGCUGUGGAAGACCAGCUCAGUAUGGACAUGUUGCCCUGUUCAGCUGGAGGAAACCCUCCACCUACUGUUCAGUGGUACCAUCAGGGUAAACUGAUCAAUUCAUCUGAGCCACUCACCAGGUUUGACACAGGAAAGUACACAGCUGAAAUUAGAAAUAUCCUUGGCAGUGUCAGCACCUCUGUUGAAAUCACCAUUGAAUAUAAACCCUUUUUUGAGUGCAUGGACCACUAUAAGAUUGAAAUGAACGUUGGAUCCCAAACCAAGUGUGAACCAAAGGGAAAUCCUGCACCCACCAUCACAUGGUUUAAAGAUGGAAAACUUGUGAAUUCCCCACUGCGCUGGACAAAUCAUGAUAGUGGAAACUACUCACUCAAAGCGGCCAACAAGCAUGGGACAGCCGAACACGCUGUAUAUCUUGAUGUUUUGUAUGCCCCUCAAUUCAAGGAGGGAAAUUCCACCAAGGAGAUGAGCCUGGGUGAAAAUGUGACUUUAGAGUGCAGUGCUGAGGGCAACCCUGCCCCUUUCAUCCACUGGAACCUCAGCUCUGCAGCGAAUUUGAAGGAGACCACUGUGGGGCGCCAGAAGAUCAUCACUAUCACUAGAGCCACGUCUACCAACGCUGGUGUUUACAUCUGUGUUGCCACGAAUGAAGUUGGGACCGUGACAAGAUCUGUCACACUGGUGAUGAAAGGUUCCAAUGCCGCCCCCAUGGCCGUCAUCUGGGGACUGCUUAUAGCAGGGAUCAUCCUCUUCACCCUCAUAGCCAUGGUCCUUCUACACAACCACCAGAAAAAACAUGGAGAAUAUAGUUUUCUCCCUGCAAACACCAAGGAUUCAAACGUCCCCAUGACUACUUUGUCUGAAGGGGGGAAAGCUUGAUUAUAUGAUGAAAGCUGAACUGUACUUCAAAGUUUGGAAAAAGAGUGAAAAUCUGUACAAAGGAGAGGUACCAAGAGUGAGAAAGAGAGUGAAAAUAUGUACAAAGGAGAGGUACCAUGAGUGAGAAAAAGAGUGAAAAUGUGUACAAAGGAGAGGUACCAAGAGUGAGAACAAGCAAAGUUGUAGAUGAAGCAGCUGUAAUAAAGCUACAUAUGCAAUAAAAUAACCAUUACUUUAAACUGA